AUGGUGCUGCUCCAGUUGAUGGAGAAGGCUGUGAUGAACUCCCUCCUACUGAUGCUCAGCUGUAGUGCCAUUUCGGAGGUUGUGACAGCCCAGAAUGACACGGAACCCAUUGUUCUGGAGGGCAAAUGUCUCGUGGUAUGCGACUCCAACCCGACCACAGACUGGAAGGGCUCGUCCUCUCCGCUCGGCAUCUCCGUCCGCGCUGCCAACUCCAAGGUGGCUUUCUCCGCAGUCCGAAGCAACAACCACGAGCCGUCGGAAAUGAGCAAUAAAACCAGAAUAAUCUACUUCGACCAAAUUCUGGUGAAUAUAGGAAACUACUUCACAUUUGAAUCAGUCUUUCUGUCACCCAGAAAAGGAAUCUACAGUUUUAACUUUCAUGUUAUUAAAGUUUACCAGAGUCAAACCAUACAGGUGAACUUGAUGUUGAAUGGAAAACCAGUCAUCUCUGCUUUCGCGGGUGACAAAGACGUAACUCGUGAGGCAGCCACCAAUGGAGUUCUGCUUUAUCUAGAGAAAGAGGACAAAGUCUACCUAAAACUGGAGAAGGGAAACCUUGUUGGUGGAUGGCAGUACUCAACGUUUUCUGGUUUUCUUGUUUUUCCUCUGUAA